CAAGGAAGCAGUGGAAGAGAAAAAGAAGCUAAUUGCCACACUGCGAAACAAACCUUGGAAAAUGAAGAAGAAACUAGAAGUCUUGAAGGAUGCCCAGGAGUUUGUGGAAAAAUUUGAAGGAGCUCUUGGCAAGGGCAAAGGCAAACAAUUUUAUGCCUACAAAGUGAUGAUGAUGAAGAAAUGGGUGAAAUUUCAACGUGAUUUUGAGAAUUUUAAAACAGCCUGCAUACCCUGGGAAAUGAAAAUAAAAGAAAUUGAAAGUCACUUUGGCUCUUCAGUUGCAUCUUACUUCAUUUUCCUGCGCUGGAUGUAUGGAAUAAAUAUUGUUCUCUUUGGGCUGACCUUUGGUCUUGUCAUGGUGCCUGAGGCAUUGAUGGGGAAGCCAUAUGGGACAUUACCAAGAAAAACGGUGCCAAGAGCUGAAGAAGCAAGUGCUAUGAACUUUGCUACUUUGUGGGACUUUAGUGGCUUUGCACAAUAUUCUGUGCUCUUUUAUGGCUACUAUAAUAACCAGAGAACGAUUGGCUGGCUGAAGUUCCGGCUGCCUCUGUCCUACUUUUUGGUUGGGGUUGGGUCCAUUGGUUACAGUUUCAUGGUUGUCAUCCGCACAAUGGCAAAGAAUGCACAUGAUGAUGGUGGAGGAGAUGACAACAGCUUUAACUUCAGCUGGAAAAUGUUUACCAGCUGGGAUUACUUGAUUGGCAAUCCUGAAACAGCAGACAACAAAUUUGCUUCAGUAACAACCAGCUUUAAGGAAGCAAUUGUGGAAGAACAAGAAAGCCGAAGAGAUGAGAACAUCCACUUGACACGAUUCCUGAGGGUUCUUGCUAAUUUCUUUGCUUUGUGUACACUGGCUGGGAGUGGCUACCUCAUCUACUUUGUUGUGAGGCGAUCUCAAAAAUUUGCUUUGGAAGGCCUUGAAAAUUAUGGAUGGUGGGAAAGAAAUGAAGUGAACAUGGUCAUGUCCCUCCUGGGAAUGUUCUGUCCUACUGUAUUUGAUGUCAUCAGUGCCCUGGAAAACUACCACCCUCGAAUAGCCCUCCGGUGGCAGCUGGGUCGCAUCUUUGCUCUCUUCCUGGGCAACCUGUACACUUUCAUUAUUGCUCUCAUGGAUGAAAUCAAUCUCAAGCUGGAGGAAGAGAAGAUUGUAAAGCAGAACAUGACCAUUUGGUUAGCCAACCUGUACAAUGGGACAGUGCCAGAAAACAUCACUGCUCCUCCUCUCCAGGUGAACCCUGCAGAUGUCCCAAGAGGCCCCUGUUGGGAAACGAUGGUUGGUCAGGAAUUUGUCCGGCUAACGGUUUCUGACACUGUGACAACCUACAUCACAAUUUUAAUUGGUGAUUUCCUAAAAGCUGUCUUUGUCAGAUUUUUCAAUUACUGCUGGUGCUGGGACUUGGAAUAUGGCUUUCCUUCGUACUCAGAAUUUGAUAUUAGUGGAAAUGUGUUGGGUCUGAUCUUCAAUCAAGGCAUGAUCUGGAUGGGCUCUUUUUAUGCACCUUGCCUCCCAGCUAUCAAUGUCAUCCGUCUUCAUACUUCCAUGUACCUGCAGUGUUGGGCUGUGAUGUGCUGUAAUGUUCCCCAUGAGAGAGUCUUCAAAGCCUCAAGAUCAAACAACUUCUACAUGGCCAUGUUGCUGUUCAUUCUCUUCCUCUCCACAUUGCCGGUUGUCUACACUAUAGUCUCCAUUCCACCAUCUUUUGAUUGUGGUCCAUUCAGUGGAAAAACGAGAAUGUUUGAAGUCAUUGGAGAAACACUGGAAAAUGAUUUUCCUUCCUGGUUUCAGAAAUUUUUUAAUCUUGCUGCAAAUCCUGGUGUGAUCCUACCCUUCAUAUUGCUGAUGGUCUUGAGUAUCUACUAUCUCAAUGCUACCUCAAAAGGGUACAAGGACAUGAACCUGGAGCUUAAGAAGAAACUGCAAAGUCAAGCUGAGGAAAACAAGAGGAGGAACAAACAGAAAGCUCAGGAAGCACGGGAAAAAGAAGAAAUGUCUACUGAGAAUCCAUCCAAACAGAACAACCCUAAAGGAGCUCAAGAUAAAGAAAAAGGAGAGAGUGUGUCCAAGAAAGAAAAAGGAGAGAGUGGGUCCAAGAAAGAAAAAGGAGAGAGCGGGACAAAGAAAGAGACUGGUCCACAGCAGGAAGAGAGGCCCAGUGUUGCAAAUGGAAACCUCCCUCCAUACGGCAGAGGAGGAGGAGGUGGUGGUGGUUUCGCUCCUCCUCCACGUAUCUCAGUGACUCGGCCACUAGGACCAAGGGGCUAUGGCAUGAAUGGACCUCCAGGAAAUCCACGCUUUGGAGGUUUCCAACCAAGGAUACCAGGAGGGCCACCUCAACGUUACUGAGAAUAAGAAUCUUUCUAACUUUUCUAUGAGACAAGCCAUCUGCAUUAUACAAUGCUGACUUCAAACGUUUGGAAAGGAGAUUAUCCAGUGAGAUUCUGUCACUGUCAGAAGCCUAGAUGUCUAGAUGUCAGCUAUGAAUGCAGUCCCUGAGCGCAGAAAAGAAAGAUAAAUGGAAGAAAACAAGCUGAAGAACAUGAAAUAAGUCCAGUUCAGGAUCCUGGGAACAGAUGCCUGGUUACCAUCUUGUCUGAGUUGCUUAUACCAUUAAUGUAUUAUUGUCUCCUGAUCUUUCUGUAUAUGACAUCUGGACUCUAUGUAUAAGUAAACUUAAUGAUUGUGGAAUCAAUUGUCCUAUGUUUGCAAUUACAUACCAUAUUGUGUACUGCAUGCCUUUUGUGACAAUAACAACAGGUGAUUU